CCCAUGCGAGAGCGGGGCCGCGGCUGCCACUGCCGGCUCCCGGCGUGAGCGCCGCCGGCCGGGCCGAGCCGUGCCGUGCCAUGCCCGGCUGCGGGGCGUAUCGUGAGGCUGCCAGAGGCUGCCGGCACCGGCGCCGCUCUUGCCGCCGCCGCCGCGACAUGGUGUGAGCCCGCUGCCGCCGGGGACGCGCGGGCACCCACCGACUCACCCGCUCAGCCACCGACCGGCCGGCCGGGAUCCUCGGGGGGAUCCAGCCCCGCACCGCAGCGCGGGGAGACGGACGGACGGACAAACAGCAGCACCCCUUCUCCUUCCUCCUUCCCUUCCUUCACCUCCCUUUCCCCCCUCCUCCUCCUCCCACCAUCCAUCUAUCUAUCCAUCAUCCCCCCCCGCCAACCCCUCCCAAUGCUGAAGAGUUUCAACCCGGCGGGGCUGGAGUGAAGAAGGGAAGGGCGGAAGGGAGGAGAGGAGCGGAGCUCCGCUCAAUUCACAGCUGCUCCAGGGAGGGAGGAGCGGCCUCGCUAUUAUUUAACAGUGAAGAAAAAAAAUAUUAAAGGAAAAAAAAGAGAAGAGACGGGAAAAUGGCGAACGAUUCUCCUGCAAAAAGUCUGGUGGAUAUCGACCUUUCCUCCCUGCGGGACCCCGCUGGGAUUUUUGAACUGGUGGAAGUGGUUGGCAAUGGCACGUACGGGCAAGUCUACAAGGGUCGCCAUGUCAAAACAGGUCAGCUGGCAGCCAUCAAAGUCAUGGACGUUACUGAGGAUGAAGAAGAAGAAAUCAAACUGGAGAUUAAUAUGCUUAAGAAAUAUUCUCAUCAUAGAAAUAUUGCAACUUAUUAUGGUGCUUUCAUUAAGAAAAGUCCUCCAGGACAUGAUGACCAACUGUGGCUUGUUAUGGAGUUUUGUGGAGCUGGCUCUAUCACAGACCUUGUGAAGAACACAAAAGGGAAUACCCUGAAAGAGGACUGGAUAGCAUAUAUCUCCAGAGAGAUUCUCCGGGGGUUGGCACAUCUUCAUGCCCAUCAUGUGAUUCACAGGGAUAUCAAAGGGCAAAAUGUGUUAUUAACAGAGAAUGCAGAAGUGAAACUUGUGGAUUUUGGUGUGAGUGCUCAGCUGGACAGGACAGUUGGCAGGAGAAACACUUUUAUUGGGACUCCAUACUGGAUGGCUCCAGAAGUUAUUGCCUGUGAUGAGAAUCCAGAUGCUACGUAUGAUUACAGAAGUGACCUUUGGUCGUGCGGCAUUACGGCCAUAGAGAUGGCAGAAGGAGCUCCCCCACUUUGUGACAUGCACCCCAUGAGGGCACUCUUUCUGAUACCCAGGAACCCUCCCCCACGGUUAAAAUCCAAGAAAUGGUCGAAAAAGUUUUUCAGCUUUAUAGAAGGUUGUCUAGUGAAGAAUUACAUGCAGCGACCUUCUACAGAACAACUGUUGAAACAUCCCUUUAUACGUGACCAGCCAAAUGAAAGGCAAGUCCGAAUUCAGCUUAAGGACCAUAUAGACAGGACCAGGAAGAAGAGAGGAGAGAAAGAUGAGACGGAGUAUGAAUAUAGUGGAAGUGAGGAAGAAGAGGAGGAAGUGCCUGAACAAGAAGGAGAGCCAAGUUCCAUUGUCAAUGUGCCUGGAGAAUCAACCCUCCGACGUGAUUUCCUGAGGCUGCAGCAGGAAAACAAGGAACGUUCCGAGGCCCUUCGGAGACAGCAGCUGCUGCAGGAGCAGCAGCUCCGUGAGCAGGAGGAGUACAAGAGGCAGCUGCUGGCAGAGAGGCAGAAACGCAUCGAGCAGCAGAAGGAGCAGAGGAGGCGGCUAGAAGAGCAACAAAGAAGAGAAAGGGAAGCUCGAAGGCAGCAAGAGCGUGAGCAAAGGCGGAGAGAACAGGAGGAAAAAAGACGUCUGGAAGAAAUGGAGAGGAGGCGUAAGGAGGAGGAAGAGAGAAGAAGAGCAGAGGAGGAAAAGAGGAGGGUAGAAAGAGAGCAGGAGUAUAUCAGGCGACAGCUAGAAGAGGAGCAGCGGCACUUGGAAAUUCUACAGCAGCAGCUGCUCCAGGAGCAGGCCAUGUUACUGGAAUACAGAUGGCGAGAGAUGGAGGAGCACCGCCAGGCAGAGCGACUCCAGCGCCAGUUGCAGCAGGAGCAAGCCUACCUCCUGUCGCUGCAGCACGAUCACAGGCGGCAGCAGCAGCAGCAACAGCAGCAGCAGCAGCAGCAGCAAGAGAGAAACAAACAAAGCUAUCAUACCCCUGAGCCAAAAUCCCACUAUGAGCCUGCUGAAAGAGCACGUGAGGUGGAGGAGAGAUUUAGGAAAACUAAUCAGGGCUCCCCUGAAGCACAGUCUAAACAGAUGGGCAAAGUGUUGGAGCCACCAGUGCCUUCAAGAUCAGAGUCCUUUUCCAAUGGAAACUCAGAACCUGCUCAGCCUGCCCUGCAGAGGCCAAUGGAGCCCCAGGUACAGUGGUCCCAUCUGGCAUCUCUCAAGAACAAUGUUUCCCCUGUCUCGCGAUCCCAUUCCUUCAGUGACCCUUCUCCCAAAUUUGCUCAUCACCAUCUUCGUUCCCAGGACCCAUAUCCACCUUCACGCAGUGAAGUGCUUAAUCAGAGUUCUGACUCUAAGUCGGAGGUACCCGACCCCACCCAAAAGGCUUGGGCUAGAUCAGACAGUGACGAGGUGCCUCCAAGGGUACCUGUGAGAACAACGUCCCGAUCGCCAGUCCUGUCCCGCCGCGAUUCCCCACUGCAGGGCGGUGGGCAGCAAAAUAACCAAGCAGGACAAAGAAAUUCCACGAGCAAUAUAGAGCCUCGUCUGCUGUGGGAAAGGGUGGAGAAGCUUGUACCAAGGCCAGGCAGUGGCAGUUCUUCUGGCUCAAGCAACUCUGGCUCCCAACCUGGCUCUCACCCUGGCUCUCAGAGUGGGUCUGGAGAGCGGUUCAGGAUGAGAUCAUCAUCCAAAUCAGAGGGUUCGCCAUCACAGCGCCAUGAAAGUGCACCUAAAAAGCCUGAAGAGAAAAAGGAAGUCUUCAGACCUAUCAAGCCUGCUGAUUUGACUGCAUUGGCAAAGGAGUUGCGAGCAGUAGAGGAUGUGCGACCUCCACAUAAAGUAACGGAUUACUCAUCCUCAAGUGAGGAGUCAGGGACAACAGAUGAGGAAGAUGAUGAUAUGGAGCAAGAAGGAGCAGAUGAAUCUACUUCUGGACCAGAUGAUGUCCGAGCAGUGUCAACGUUGAACUUGAGCAAUGGUGAAACAGAGUCAGUAAAAACCAUGAUUGUCCAUGAUGAUGUGGAGAGUGAACCUGCCUUGACUCCUUCUAAGGAGGGCACCUUAAUUGUUCGACAGAGUACAGUUGACAAAAAGCGUGCCAGCCAUCAUGAGAGCAAUGGCUUUGCCGGUCGCAUUCACCUCUUGCCAGAUCUCUUACAGCAAAGCCAUUCCUCCUCCACUUCCUCCACCUCCUCCUCCCCAUCCUCCAGCCAGCCGACACCCACCAUGUCCCCACAGACACCCCAGGACAAGCUAACUACUAAUGAGACUCAGUCCGCUAGUAACACACUCCAGAAACACAAAUCUUCCUCCUCCUUUACACCUUUUAUAGACCCCAGAUUACUACAGAUUUCUCCAUCUAGUGGGACAACUGUGACUUCUGUGGGAUUUUCUAGUGAAGCAAUGAGAUCAGAGGCAAUAAGGCAAGACCCUACACGGAAAGGAUCAGUUGUCAAUGUGAAUCCCACCAAUACACGGCCACAGAGCGACACACCGGAGAUUCGGAAGUACAAGAAGAGAUUCAAUUCUGAGAUACUGUGUGCGGCCUUAUGGGGAGUGAACUUGUUGGUGGGCACUGAAAGUGGUCUGAUGCUGCUAGACAGAAGUGGGCAGGGGAAGGUUUAUCCACUCAUCAAUCGAAGACGAUUCCAGCAAAUGGAUGUACUUGAAGGGCUGAAUGUCUUGGUGACAAUUUCUGGUAAGAAGAACAAGUUGCGAGUUUACUAUUUGUCGUGGUUAAGAAAUAAAAUCCUUCACAAUGAUCCUGAAGUAGAAAAGAAACAGGGCUGGACAACGGUGGGCGACCUGGAAGGCUGUGUGCACUAUAAAGUUGUAAAAUAUGAACGAAUCAAGUUCUUGGUAAUUGCAUUGAAGAGUUCUGUGGAAGUCUAUGCAUGGGCACCAAAGCCAUACCAUAAAUUUAUGGCCUUUAAGUCAUUUGGAGAAUUGGUACAUAAGCCAUUGCUGGUGGAUCUAACUGUAGAAGAGGGUCAGAGACUAAAAGUGAUCUAUGGCUCCUGCGCUGGCUUCCAUGCUGUUGAUGUGGAUUCAGGAUCCGUCUAUGAUAUUUAUCUACCAACACAUAUCCAGAGUAGUAUCCAGCCUCACGCAAUCAUCAUCCUCCCAAACACGGAUGGGAUGGAGCUACUGGUCUGCUACGAGGAUGAAGGAGUUUAUGUCAACACCUACGGAAGGAUAACCAAGGAUGUGGUUCUGCAGUGGGGAGAAAUGCCAACUUCAGUUGCAUACAUCCGCUCUAACCAGAUCAUGGGCUGGGGAGAAAAAGCUAUCGAGAUACGGUCGGUGGAAACUGGACACUUGGAUGGUGUGUUCAUGCACAAAAGGGCACAAAGACUCAAAUUCUUAUGUGAACGCAACGACAAGGUUUUCUUUGCCUCCGUGCGGUCAGGUGGAAGCAGUCAAGUCUAUUUCAUGACCCUUGGCAGGACUUCACUUCUGAGCUGGUAGAAGCAGUGAGAUUUGGAGAGGAAUUGCUGACAUCCAGAGUCUGAGAUCUUCAUAACUUGGAAUUAUUUUCAACUGGAGUACAGACCUGCACGAGUGCAGCACUCUGUGUAAAUGUGUGUGCAGGCAUCACUGGUGUUAGGUUUCUUUAUGUUUUUCAACUGAGGCUGCGAGGCAGCUGGUGCUGUAAAGAUAUCGCCAUCAGGUGCUACAAUGUCUUUGAGAUUUGGGAUCACGCUAGAAAGCUACAGGUCUUCUUUUCCCUUCAGCUCCAGUAUUCCUAGGAUUUGAAGGACUCUGUUUGUUAGUGUUAAAACAGAGGAGGGGGGAAAAAAGGAAGAAAAACAAACCAGGCUUACCAUGAACAUGCUGUUUGUUGAGUGGACAGGAGGCAGGCAAGAGAAGGUGAGAAGAGGUGUAGAGAGUCAGACUGGCUGAAACAGAGGGCAGAUCUAGUCUAGUAAUGUUAACAAUGUAUUUAAUUGACAUUUCUUUUUUGUAAUGUGACAAUAUGUGGACAAAGAGAAAGGUGCAGGUUUUAAGAAGUUAAUAUUUAUAAAAUGUGAAAGACACAGUGACUAGGAUAUCUUCUUCUUGGGGACAGGGAGGGUGGGAAGGGUCUUGGGGUGGAAUUCUUAGGGUUUGUUUUUUUUUUGUUGUUUUUUUUUUGUUUUUUUUUGUUUUUUUUUUUUUUUUUUUUUUUUUUUUUUUGUUUCUGCAGUUUUAUUUUGGCCUGGCCAAUAACUUUAGUCAUUUUCUGUGUACCAGGUGUUGCCUGAAACAUGUGCAGGUGAUUAAAAAAAAAAAAAGGAAAAAAAAAAUUCAUUUUCUAUAAUGAUUCUGUGUUAGGCCAGAACUUGGUUAUGUCACAGUAUUAGCACUGCCUCAGUUAAAGGUUUAAUUUUUGUUUAAACCUAGAAGUGCAACAACAGUUUUACCACAGUCUGCACUCGCAGAACUAAAAAAAAAAAAAGAAAAAAAAAAAAGAAAAAAAAGAGAAAUAAAAUCCAAACUACAUAUGUUUAUUUUUUUGUGCCUACCUCAUUGUUUUUAAUGCAUAAAAUAAAAGAGGUGGUUUAGUUUAUACGUUUUUAGAAGAAAACCAUUAAUGUCUAAUUUAAUCUUAAUACCAAAACUACCAGAUUGAAAGGUUUCUGACUGUUAUUGCAUAGCAAGUUUCAGCAGGAGGAGAGAGUAGUCCGUUGUGGCAAUGGUCGUAGUGGUAUGGCAGUGAGACACUGAUUAAUGUAAUUUGCUUACAAAAUUUGGUAAAGCAAGCGUUUUUUAAACCAGUUUCAUCCUUAGUAGAAGUCUGAAUUUAGCCUAAACCAGAAGUUUCACUCUUCUAACACAUGGGCUUAGUAACAGGCAGGUUAAAAGUAACUAGGCUAGUUCUAUAAAUUGUUUAAUGUUGUAGGAAACAUUUUGGGGCGGUGAUGUUUUUCUUUUUAAGAAUGCAAUGCACUAAAACUCUUUUAAGAAUGUAGUUAAUACUGCUUAUUCAUAAAAACAGCGUAUACCUGUGUUUAGAUGUAAGAUCCCAGCUCUGGCUUUUUUCCUUUCUUUUUUUUUUUUUUUUUUUUUUUUAAGUCAGUUUUAUUUUAUGAAUAAGUUCUGACAUUUUUAAUAAAUGUCUUGAGAGUAAUAAUUUGUUUAGUGGCUACAUGUUCAUUACUUGAGAAAUCUUGAGUGUAUAAUAAUCUGUUGGUGUUGUAAUAAUGCACAGUCUCACGAUUCAGCCAUUUUCCUUUUUGUUUUCUUAUUCUUUUUUUUUUUUUUUUUUCCCUUAAUUCCUUUGGUGGGGUACUUUGCUGACAGCUGCCUUAAGCUGUUCAUUCAGUGAACAAGCUCUCAGUGUUUCAUGGGCUUUGUCUUCUGCUGUGGUUAACUUUCCUUCAUGGCAUGACAGGUAGGGCUUUUUAAACACGUGUUCUUCAAUUCAGUCAAGCUGACGGCUCGAGCGACUGGUCACACAAUCAAUUAAGAGCCAAGAGCACCAAGUGUGCAAAGCUCAGACUCCACAGACCCUUCUUUUGGUGUCAAAUCUGACUGCUGUAAGUCCUUCAGCCCCGGCCAGGCUGCUGCUGAAGACUCCUUGGAGCACCGCAGAUGGUUGAAAAGCGAGCGGUAAACGCGUACCUCCAGCGCGUGCGUGUGCACACAGCAACCCCCACUCCCCACCCCCAAAAAAGAAUCAAAACUCAAGAAAGCCUUACAUUUGCUGGCGGAGGAAUACCUAGAACUAUUUUUUUUUAAUUGUAUGACUUUUGGAUAGUGUUGAAGGUGAAGGAUGUGUUCUUUUCGGGCCCGGUGUGGUCAGCCAGAAGAACGACCAACCUUUUGUACUAUAAUGACUAAAGGGGACUCUGAAUGCAGCGUGGGUAGACAUGGGUGUGAUCACAGAGCUGCCCUGUAGUGUAGUUUGCCGAAGCUGAUUCGAUCGAAUGUCAGUCUGCGUGAUUUAAAUCUUCCAGUGCUAUGUGGUCAAAAUUAAUCUAGUCCUUGAAAGCUGAUGCUAUUCACCUAGAGGAAGAUGCUCCAGUGCUGUAGGGAUGCCCAGGUCAUGAAUAUGUGCUGUUGAAGUUUUGAGGCUCCGGGGGAGGGUGGCAAUCUCCUUCCUUCCGUGGGUCUGCCCAUCUGGCAGCUUCUGCCUCCACAGAAGUGCCAACAUGGCAAGGUAAAAACAGUAUUACAAAACCACUUCGUAUACCAACAUCCAACUCUUCAAACAGUGCUUUUGUAAGCAAAGAAGAAAAGAAAAGCUCCUAGGUUUAGUUUUAAGCUUUAAUAAGUAAUAAUUUUCUGUAUCUUUAAGUCAAAGUAACCCUAACUUGUAUGACUGCAGUGUUUUUAUUUUUUAUCUUAUGCACAUGUUAUGUUGGAGAAAAUGUUUACAAAAAUGGUUUUGUUACACUAAUGUGCAUCACAUAUUUAUGGUUUAUUUGAAAGUGAUUUUUGUGGGUUUUUUAGUUUUUCAUAGUAGUAGUAGUACACUUUUUGUGAUUUAUAACCCCAAACUCUGCUGAUUAUAAAGAUGCUAAACAAUAAUACAAAAUGACAAACUGCAUUAAAAUUACUAAUCGUAGAGCUGCAAAGCAGACUGGUGACAAGUAAAACACUCAGCCUUUUUUUUGCAGUGCUAUCUAACUUGUCUUCUGUGUAUUAUGGAAAUUACUGUUUUUUCCCCGUUUUUCCUUAAAUAAAGUCAAAUUGACACCUAU